AUGAUCGCGACGGCUCGCUCUCUAGGCGGCAUCACCUCGACCUCCGAGCCCAUCCGCUUCGAGGUCUCAACGGCCGAGGAUAUCGGUGUGAGUGUUUCCCCGCCAAUUCCAGAUAACAGUGUCGAUCUAAUCACCGCCGCCAACUCGGCGCAUUGGUUCGAUUUGGCCCGCUUCUGGCCGAGUGCUGCUCGCGUCCUUAAGCCCGGCGGCAGUGUCGUGAUUUGGACGAGUGGUGGAAAUCGUAUUCACCCUUCCGUACCAAAUUAUGAAGCCAUGCAAGUUGAAGUUGAUCAGAUUGAGACUGAGUAUUUGAGGCCCUAUUUCGAGUUUGGCAACCUUCUCACCCGGGAUCGCUACGCCGGCCUCCCACUUCCGUGGACUUUAGAUCCUCCGGUCGCAGGAUUCAACAAGUGUGAUUUCUUCAAGAAAGACUGGGAUCUUGCGGAGAACUUCUUCGCCUCGAAUCCAGAUUUACCGCUGGAUAUGUUUGAGAAGAUGAUUGGGACGAUGAGUCCGGUGACCAGAUGGCGCGAGGCGAAUCUAGCCGCCGUCGGUACCGAGAAAGACGUGGUCAGGUUAUACCGCCGUGCAAUUGAGCGACAUUUGCAUGCAGCGGGGGUGGAGAAGGGCAAGGAGACUAUUCGGGGCGCCAUGCAAGGUGUUGUUCUGGUUAUCAAGAAGAAAUAG